UUAUUCUUUAGACCAUCUUGGAGCGUUCUAGUCCUGCUGCUUCCGCCUGUUCAUUCAGCUCCCAAAGUUGAGCACAUUUCCUCCGAGAGGACAGGCGAGAGUUCGUUUUCGAGGUUCAUAAUGGCAAACGAAGAGAAAGGAGUUCCCACAGAGAAGCAGCAGAGCCCGCUCAGCUCCUCCUGCUCCAGCGGACCGGCGGACUCCCAGGAGGCCGCCUAUCAGGCUGAGGUCGCCGGGGAGCAGAAGACGGAUCUCGGUGCGGCUCGCCCCCAGCUCGCUGACCUCCCCGCGGAUUCCUUCCUGCAGCACUUCAAGACGAGGAAGUUCUUUGUGUUGAGGCCCGGCACUCUCAAUCAGGCCGUCAAAGACAUCGAAGCUCUGGUGAACAAGGAGGAAGAUGGCAGCAUUCACGGCACCUGGCUGAUGGCAGAGGUUGAUCACUGGAACAACGAGAAGGAGCGCCUUGUUGUCAUCACCGACAACACGCUUCUGAUCUUCAAGUAUGACUUCGUCCUGCUCGGCUGCGAGCAGAUCCAGAAGAUCCAGCUCAACUACAUAGACCGCAUCGCUCACGGUUCCUUCAGCUUCCCAAAGGGCUCGCUGCUCAAGAGAGACGGGGAUGGAUUGCGCAUCUUCUGGGACCGGCUGAGGGAACCCUCGUUCAGCUCCAAGUGGAACCCCUUCGCCAACGACUUCCCCUUCACCACGUUCAUUCACCAUCCUGUGAGGAACAUCGACACCUUGGCUGCUCUCUGUGACAUCCAGACGUUUUCCGAGAGGCUCAAGCAUGCGGCUGAGAGAGCCCACAUGAGAAAGCCGAUUCCUGGGAAAGCCAACGGCGUCCUGGUCCUGCAGCAGCCAAUCUACAUCGAGGCGUACGUGGGCGCCAUGUCCUUCCUCGGAAACCAGAACAAACUGGGCUACUGCAUGGCCCGAGGAAACCUCGGAUUUUAAACUUGGUGUAACUUUUUUGAUGUUUUCUCUGAAUUUUUUUUUUUUUUUUUAAAUUUCAAAAGUUAAUGGAAACCUUCCAAAAGCGGGUCAAAGAUUUGUUUUUGUUUGCUUCUGCUGGUCGCCACGGCUCGUUCGCUGCCGUGUGAUUCUCAGAAAUAUUCCCGGUUUCAGAGCGGUUCUCCUCUCUGGCUGACGCUGCCCCCCCCUCCGCCCCCCUGCUGCUUUUGCUCCCCAGCGAUAUGGUAAUUCAACUCUUUCGCAACGAGACUCUUUUCUUCCUCCCCCGGUAUUUCUGUUAGGAGCUCAUUCCCCAUGCCAUUCCGCCCCUUAGAGAUUCACUGGAGCAUAGGGGCUCAUUUGUCAGCUUAGUUUUUAUCAUUCUCUGUGUAUUUUUGCAGUGCAUACAGUUGAGGAAUUUCCCUUUAGUUUUGUGAGUUUGCAGCUAGCUUCUUAUGAUUUUUUUCUUAUGCCUUGUUUGUUUUUUUUUCCUCAUAAGAAUCGGUUCUCCUCUUUUGGGGUCUUUACAGAAAACGGCAGCAUGCUGCCUUUUUCUUCUUUUUUCCGUUAAACGUUUUAUUUCUAGGGUUACGUUUGUUGAUUUCUACAGUAGAAGAGCUGAUUAAGUCGUUACAAGGCAACCAAAUAACUCAAAGCGGUGUUCAUGAAGAAUUCAGUGAAUACAAAAUGAAAUCUGAUCUGAUUAAUAUUUUGUGGUUUGUGAAAUGAGUUAUAGCCGAGUCACUUUACUUCUUUUCAUACACGUUUUUGAUGGUUAUUAUAUAUACUCUAAUGACAAAAUGCACUUGGGAAGUAAAGUGAUGGAGCUGGGAUUGGGAAUGUAUACAAAUAAAUUAUUUUACAACAACA